AUGACCGAAUGCUUCAAGCGCGUGUGGUCCACAUUCUUCACUGCAACGCCUCCAGCUCAGAAAUCAGAUGUUCUCUUAGCUCCGCCUUCUUCUUAUUAUUCUUCACCACCCUCGUCUCCUCCUCCUCCUCCUCCUCCUUCCACCCAAUCGAUCAUUACCUCAUCAGCUGCGGCUCCCACGAGCCCUCCAUCAUCGACCUCGACCACCGCCGCUUCACGGGCGACUCCUCCACCUCAGCCUCCCGAUUCUUUACCACCCCUUCAACCGGACUAUUCCACUCACCAACUCCGACCCGCUUCUUCCAAUUCUUCUCCUCUCUACCGCACUGCCAGAGCCUUCAGCAGUCCCUGCAAGUACAGCUUCCCAAUUCAGGACCACCGCGGGGGGACCCACCACUUGGUACGCCUUCAUUUCUCUCCUUUCUUUAAUUCCACUUCUUUCGACUUCUCCGCUGUUCAAUUCCACGUUUUGGCAAAUGGGUUCUUGUUGUUACGCGAUUUUAGCAUCCAGAAUUCCCCGAAAGACGGUAUAGUAAUCAAGGAGUAUAUCAUAAGGGUUGAUUCCGAUAAGCUUGAUAUUACGUUUGUGCCAAAGAAAAGAUCGAAUUUUGCCUUUGUCAACGCAAUUGAAGUGAUUUCUGCACCCCAUGACUUGGUCGCUGACGUAGCCCAGUUUGUAAAUUCUGAGAAAAAUGAGAGGAUUAAUGGAUUGUUGAACAAAGGGUUCGAAACUGUUUAUAGAGUGAAUGUAGGAGGUCCAAAGUGGCCGGAUUCAGUAUCAGAUGGCGGGGCAACGCGUGAAGUUGGGCCGGACAAUGUUUAUAACUCAGCCCGGGUGAUUAAGAGCUCGAAUAAUGUCAUUCCCAAGUCGAACAUAGCCUGGGUGUUUCCAGGGAUUGAGGGUUACAAGUACUUGGUUCGGAUGCAUUUCUGCGAUAUAGCAAGCAUUGGGCCUUAUAUGCUUUACUUUAAUGUUUAUGUAAAUGGGAAUUUGGCAUAUGAGGACUUGGAUUUAUCAGCAAUGACAAACAUGUUGCUUGCUUCGCCUUUCUAUGCUGAUUUUGUAGUGGAAGGGUUGAAUUCCGAAUCAUUGAACGUUAGUGUUGGCCCGUCCAAUAUGAGCUUGACCAAUGCUGUUGAUGCUAUCCUCAAUGGGGUUGAGGUCUUCAAGAUAAGCAAUUCACUGGGUAGUUUUGAUGGCGAGCUCUGUGUUGAGUCAGUUAUGAAGAGCUGGAGAAGAGGAAAUGCCGUUGUCAUAGUGCCUUUACUAGCGGCAGUGUUUUUGUUGCUAACUGCAUCCGUGGUAGUGCAAAGGAGGAGGUCUGGAGGCAGGGACACAGUGGGAUGGCUUAAGGUUACCUGUGGGAUGUCUCUGAAAUUAAUCUGA